GACGCAAAUAGUAAGGGAUCAGCGGUAAACGAGGCCACGCAUUGUCUGCCCCCCGCCCUCCCUCGGCUUGUCAGGAAGCAAGCUGAUUGGCCGAGGCCUAGCAAAGAGUGCCCGGGGAUCCAAAACUGCAGGCCGCACUUAGCUUACCGUCAAAAAUAAACCACAAACAAUAAUAGACAAAACGGAGGAGGGGGAGGAAACACCAAAAGAGUCCGAAGACGACGUUAUCAGAGGGAUCAAUCACAUUGAUGGGAAGAACAACGACGAAUAAGCUGUUUUUAUUUUAAGGGUCUGCACAUCAAAUGUGAAGUUUUGGGGCUAUUUCGUUCUGCCGGGGUUAAACAUGGAUCAAGGAGGCGGUGUGUUGGAGUUACACACACAGGAGCUGAAGAUGCCCCAUGCUAUGAUCAUGCAAGACUUUGUUUUUUCACCGAGUUACUCACCGGUUGGGUGGCUGCCGCAAGGAGGCGAAGGGCGACGAAGGGGGAAGUCCACUGGCAUCCAAGUAAAGCUCCGCAAGAGAGGAUACAGGUUGCCGCUCCCGUCGAUCCACCUGGCGAAUCUACGCUCCCUAACCAACAAAAUGGAAGAGCUUCAUCGUCUGACAAAGACCAGUAAAGACUUCGGACGUUCCGCCGCCCUGUGCUUUAUGGAGACAUGGCUUUGUGAACGCGUCCCCGAUGGUGUCGUAAUGCUUCCGGGCUUCCAACUGCGUCCAGCCCGCGUCACGGAGUUAUCGGAGAAAACAAAAGGUGGCAGAAUAUGCUUCUAUAUCAACGAAAAAUGGUGUACCGACGUCACUGAGCUCAGCACACACUGCAGCCCGGACUUGGAGUCGCUGUUUUUGAACAUUGCAGGGAUGGGUGGCUUGGCACACAUUGACGGAGAUCACAUUGUGGUGUCUGUGCCCGAGGGCAUGCUCCUCUCUGACGUGAUGACUGACGAGGGCAUCCUCCUGGAGCACGAGCUUGAGGUGGAGGGCCUGGAAACUCACGUCGUCGAAGGCCUGGAAACCGAAGUAGUCGAAGGUUUACACGCAGAUGUCGAGGGACUGGAGGCGGAGGUGGUUGAAGGGCUACAGACACAUGUGGUAGAGCUGGAGGCUCAGGUUGUGGAAGGCCUAGAAGGAGAAGUCGAGGUGGAGGGUCUGGAAACUGAAGUUGAUGUGGAGGACCUGGAAGCUCAUGUUGUUGAGGGCCUUGAGGAGGAAGUGGAAGUGGAGGGCUUGGAAGCAGAGGUUGUGGAGGGUCUGGAGGUGGACGUAGAAAGCCUGCAGUCUCAGGAUGUAGAUGGCCAUGAAAUAGGUGGGGAGGACAUGGUGCAUUCAGAACACAGUGUGAUCAUGCCGGAAAACAUCCUGGGAACAGAGGUUGCAAUAGAGGAAGCUUUGGAACACCACCAUGUGCUAACCUCGGACCUUAUCCAGGAUGCCAACCACCAUGAUGACAUGUCAGACCAGGUGUUUGUAGCAGAGCUUCUUUCGGACCACCAGGAUAACACUCUCGACCACCAACUUGUCGCAGAGGGCUUGAUGGUGACAGAGGGUAAUGCGGAGACCAUCAUCCACCAACAACUUCCAUCUGAGGCUGUUCCUCUGCAGAUGGAUGAGGAUGAUGACGGGAGAAGCAGCUCUGAAGAUUACCUCAUGAUCUCCUUGGAUGAGGUUGGAGAGAAGCUGGACAUAGGAGACACUCCUCUAGAGAUUAGCACUGAGGUGAUGGAAGACAAGGAGUGCAAGGAGGAGGACGGCGCAGAUGUCAUCAAAGUCUACAUUUUCAAAGCUGAGGCAGAUGAUGAUUUGGGCAAGUUGCUAAAUCAGUAUUAUGGAUUGUUGUAUGUGUGUAUUUGGAAUGAACCCCCUCUCUUUUCUCUAGGUGGGACAGAGGUGAUAACUGAGGAUGAUUACCAAAAUGGCCACCCUGACCGUGAAGCUGCAUCAUCAGGAAGACUCGGAGUUGGGCGUGACAAGAUGGUCUACAUGGCAGUCAAGAAGCAGCCCAAAAUAGAAGAGGACGAUGAGGAUGACAGUGAUGAUGACAUCAGUAAUUCUAUAAAUCAGGUGAAAAAUGGCUCAGCGACACCCUUUCUUCAAAUCCGAGAAGGUUUGGCCACAAACCGUGUCCUCAAACCCAAAGCCAAGAAAAAGAAGAAAGGGGACAUUCGGCAAUGUCAAACUGCUGUCAUCAUUGGGCCUGAUGGCAUGCCCCUGACAGUCUACCCGUGCCACAUUUGUGGAAAGAAGUUCCGCUCACGAGGCUUCCUCAAAUGCCAUAUGAAAAACCACCCGGACCACCUCCUAAAGAAGAAGUACCAGUGUACAGACUGUGACUUCACCACAAACAAGAAGAUCAGCUUCCACAACCAUUUGGAGAGUCACAAGCUGCUGAGCCACAACAGCGAGCGCUCCCCAGAAUACACAGAGUACACACGGCGCUAUCAUGAGUCCAGCCCCCUGGGUUCUGAUAAACUCAUCGUCAAGGACCGCGAGCCCAAGCUGCAUCACUGCAAGUACUGCGACUACGAGACUGCAGAGCAAGGCCUGCUCAAUCGUCACCUGCUGGCCGUGCACAGUAAGAACUUUGCACACGUGUGCGUCGAGUGCGCCAAAGGCUUUCGCCACCCGUCCGAGCUGAAGAAGCAUAUGCGGACCCACACAGGUGAGAAACCCUAUCACUGUCCGCACUGCGAGUUCCGCUGCGCGGAUCAGUCCAACUUAAAGACUCACAUCAAAAGCAAGCAUGGCGCAGAUCUGCCCUUCAAGUGCAGCCACUGCCCACAAGCGUACGCCGACGCGCGGGAACUCCAGCGUCACAUAGAGAUGGUGCAAGGCCACAAGACGCACCAGUGUCCACACUGUGAGCACAAGAGCACCAACUCCAGUGACCUAAAACGACACAUCAUCUCAGUGCACACCAAGGAUUUUCCUCACCAGUGUGACGUGUGCGAGAAAGGCUUUCACAGGCCCUCGGAGUUGAAGAAGCACGCCGAGACGCACAAGGGCAGCAAGCUGCACCAGUGCCGACACUGUAACUUCAACGCUCCUGACACGUUCACCCUGAGUCGCCAUAUUCUAUCCCUUCACACCAAGGAACUUCCAUUUAAGUGCAAGCGCUGCCGGCGAGGCUUCCGACAACCGGCGGAGCUGAAGAAGCACAUGAAGACGCACAGUGGUAGGAAAGUUUAUCAGUGCCAGUAUUGUGAGUACAACAGUACGGACGCUUCUGGCUUCAAGCGCCAUGUCAUCUCCAUUCACACCAAGGACUACCCCCACCGCUGCGACUACUGCACCAAGGGCUUCAGGAGGCCUUCGGAGAAGAGCCAGCACAUAGCCAGACACCACAAAGACAUGCUUAUGUAACGUCAUCACACUUGCGCUCAAUCCUCCCCGGUAAAUCUGUGUCACACACUCGGAGGUCAUUUUAGUGUAUCAAAAAUUAAAUGGUAUAGGCUGUUGAAGGCAACAACAUUAUAUUUGCUGUUACUGUAUUGUAAUGGGUGUAAAACUCCUAAUGCCUGGACACAUUUUAGAUGGGUGAAAUCUUUAAAAAAAAAUAAUAAUAACAGUGCGUACUGAGUGGGACAAGCGUAAAUUGUGUUGGGUUUUUUGUUGCAGAAAAUCACGUAAGAACAUAUUCAGGGUUUCAAAUGUCUAUAUUUUUAUACCCACUCAGCUGAAAUGCUGCAGGAGAAUUACUGUGUCCUGGAAAAUGGAAAACGGCGGUUCAUGAGCAUCAUGUUAGUUUUCUUCCAUACUACCAACUAGUACCUUUAUUAACCAGUUUUUAGCUUGAUUUUUGUUUUCACAGCCAUGUGUUGCACCGUUCUCAAGCUCCAUUAAGGCGUUUUAGUGAUGUUGACGUUCAUGACGCACCUUAGCACACAAUUUUAUUCCCACCUUUUGAAUUUCCCUUAAAUUGAUAAUCUGUGAUAUGACCACAAUCCGCUAAAAAUCUAUGAAAAGUUAAGUCAGGGUUUUGAGACUGAUCAGAUCAGUCAGGUCUAACAGAAAUCUGAUUUAGUUGGUGCUACAUUGAGAUGGGUUUUUAAGAAUUGGAUAAGUGGUUGGCUUUGUGUUCGCUAACCACUUGGUGGUUACAUGCGACUAAGUUACAUCAUGCAUGCCGUUACCUAUGACAGAGAUGUGCUCACCUAACAGUACAGUUGCAAUCAUGCCUUACAUCUGCUGGUCUUUCUCCCUUAAGCACUGAUUAACUCAGCAAAUCUUAUCUUUUUUUUCCCUCAAACAUACUGUAUCAAUACCAUUCUCUCAGAGAUUGUGUUUGAGUCAGUAGAAGGCACUUUAAUAACUUGUAUUUUUUGUAUUUUAACUACAUGUAUGGGGUUUAUAUAUGUAUAUGGAUGUAUAUACAUAAAAUAUAAACCCUGGAUAAAAUGAUUACACAGCCUUGUGAGUGGGUAAAUGUUAUCUAUACCAAGUGGGCACAAUACAGUUGUUGUGGAAAGUGGUGGGUUAAACCAUUUAUUGUUCUGGUCCAUGGCAAAAUGUUUGGGUUUUGUGUUUGGUUUGUGCUUACAAGUUUCCCAACCCUCAUCCUGCAGUCCUAUACGUAAACCUAGCCCAAAUCCCACACUUGGGAUUAUACUCUUGUCGGUUGUCAUCAUAUUGGCAUUAGUCUAUAAAGUAUGCACAUAUGCUGUCUCCAUAAAAUUGUGGUAUAUAUUAAAAUCCCUGCAUUUCA